GAGGAAAGGAGAUGCCUCUUCCUUCCCUUCAAUAGUGGGUUAAACCCAGCUGGCACCCUCUGGAACUACGGGAACAAUAUUCUUCAAGAGAAGCCCACUCCACCAAAGCCAGGAGCACAGUAUUCUCAGGAUCCCAACAAGGAGGAACAGACCAAGCAGCUUGCCAGCUCCAACCCAGGCCAAAGGGUUACUGCCACCUAUAACCAGUCCCCAGCCAGCUUCCUCAGCUCUAUCUUACCAUCACAGCCUGAUUACAGCAGCAACAAAAUCCCUUCUACUAUGGACUCCAACUAUCAACAAUUCUCAGCUGGUCAAUCUGUAAAUGCGAAGCCAUCCCAAACUGCAAAUGCUAAGCCCACACCAAGGACUCCUGAUCAUGAAAUACAAGGAUCAAAAGAAGCUUUGAUUCAAGAUUUGGAGAGAAAGCUGAAAUGCAAGGACACCCUCCUUCAUAAUGGAAAUCAACGACUGACAUAUGAAGAGAAGAUGGCACGCAGAUUGCUAGGACCACAGAAUGCAGCUGCCGUUUUUCAAGCUCAAAAUGACAGCGAUGCACAAGAUUCACCACAGCACAAUGUAGAACAUGGACGACUGCAAGUUCCUACAUCACAAGUAAGAAGUAGAUCAUCCUCAAGGGGAGAUGUGAAUGAUCAGGAUGCAAUCCAGGAGAAAUUUUAUCCACCACGUUUCAUUCAAGUGCCAGAGAACAUGUCGAUUGAAGAAGGAAGAUUCUGCAGAAUGGACUUCAAAGUGAGUGGACUACCAGCUCCUGAUGUGUCAUGGUUUCUAAAUGGAAGACCAGUUCAACCAGAUGACUUGCACAAAAUGAUAGUGUCUGAGAAGGGUUUUCAUUCACUCAUCUUUGAGGUGAUCAGAGCGUCAGAUGCAGGGGCGUAUGUAUGUGUUGCCAAGAACAGAGCAGGAGAAGCCACUUUUACUGUGCAGCUAGAUGUCCUUGCAAAAGAACAUAAAAGAGCACCAAUGUUUAUCUACAAACCACAGAGCAAAAAAGUUUUUGAAGGAGAAUCAGUGAAACUAGAAUGCCAGAUCUCAGCUAUACCUCCACCAAAGCUUUUCUGGAAAAGAAAUAAUGAAAUGGUACAAUUCAACACUGACCGAAUAAGCUUAUAUCAUGAUAACACUGGGAGAGUUACUUUACUGAUAAAAGAUGUAAACAAGAAAGAUGCUGGGUGGUAUACUGUGUCUGCAGUUAAUGAAGCUGGAGUGACCACAUGUAACACAAGAUUAGAUGUGACAGCCCGUCCAAACCAAACUCUUCCAGCUCCUAAGCAGUUACGUGUUCGACCAACCUUCAGCAAAUAUUUAGCACUUAAUGGGAAAGGUUUGGAUGUGAAACAAGCUUUUAACCCAGAAGGAGAGUUUCAGCGUUUGGCAGCUCAAUCUGGACUCUAUGAAAGUGAAGAACUUUAAUAACUUUACCAACAUUAGAAACACACAGCUACACUUUUAGUAAUAUAUUCGAUUGUAUUCUUGAAAUUAAUCCAUAGCUGUAUUAACAGAUUAUGGCUUUAAUUAGGCAAUAUAGUUAAUAUAUAUUUAUAUUAUUAUUUAUCUUUUGAUCUUGCACAUUCUGUCUAUUCCUCUGAUUUGUGAAACCUACAGAAAAUCUGAGUAAAUGGACUUGUAACUGUAGAAAACUAUCUUAAAAUAUGGGGUUUUAACAUUUGUCAUACAUAUUUAACAAUUAUAAGUUAUGAAUGAAUAUCAACUUUUAAAACACAUCUAAUGCUUGUAAUAAGAUUUAAUGGUACUGCUUUCUACAUACUGUUUUACGUGUUUUCUUCUGUAGGAAAACUAACAUGGUAUAGAUUAUCUGAGUGUUCCAUGUCAAAAGAGAAUAAAAUUCAAAUAUCUAAAAC